CAAUUCCUCUUAUAAAGGUGACAAUUUCCAGCAAAAAAUGCAAGGCUGAAGGAAAACAAAAUAGCUGAAAUAUAGGCAGAGAAAGCUAUUAGAAUACAAUAUCUUGAUAAUAAUUAUGAGCCAGCAGAAAUCACGGAGAGAUGAGGAUGAAGCAAUCAAGUAUGGGGAAGUGUUCAACGUGUCCGGGGAGCUAGCAUGCAAGCCUAUCACCCCAAGAGACGCAGCCACGUUGCAAUCCGUCGAAGGCCAAAUUCUCGGAGAAACCCGAAAGGGUGGCCCUGCUGCCGUGAUGGAAUCUGCGGCUGCAAAAAACCAGAGAGCCGGUGUUGUUGGCCGCAAAGACGUCACAAACAUCGCCCGAAACGAAGGGGUUACCAUAUCGAUACAGAAAAAUGAAAGGGGCAACCGUGUCGUCACCGAAACUCUUGGUGGACAGGUUGUGCGGCAGUACGAAGAAGCUGAUGAGGCAAAGGAUGAGUUAGAUGUUAAUUAUGGUGGUGGUAGCGGCGGCCGUGCUUUAACCCAAGCUCCACACGUGAAACCAACGAAAGAUGAUGAGUACGAUUUCAUAAGUAACCAAGAUGAUACUACUUCUCUUAAUCCGCGCCUUUCUGCCAUUGACCACCUACAACAAAAUACACUACUGUCUACUGUUUCAACGGGGGCAGGAGAAUCCCAAUGUUACUACAAGUAGCGUACCUGGUGGCAUGGGAGCAUCCAUGGCCACCGCUCAUCAGGCUCACAAAAAAUAAGUGACACACUUUCUUAAACUUAAUUACUCUCUACCUUGCCCUUUUAAGUUAUAAUCUGGUUGUGCCUCUCUCUCUAUGCGUGUACAUUUUAUAAUAUAUGAUAAAUAAAUGAGGGUGUUUUUAAUUA